AUGGCUGAGCAGCAACUAAAAUUCAGCGCCAUCAGCACCCUUUACCGCUUCAACAGCGGUACAUACCGCGAAGCGCAAACGCACGUGAAUACCCAGAGGAGACGUGCCGGCUUUCUCGAUCUACCGCCAGAACUGCGAAACAUCAUCUACGCCCAAUGCCUGAUUGAGGACCCAAAUAUCGCGACAUUUCACGUGAGACUUGAGGGACAGAGGAUGCAUAGGUCAAGAUGGGAUAUGAGAUGGGAGGAAAUUUUGAAUUGGUCAGCCCGUCCUCAGCUCCAACCUCAACUACUCCGCACAUGCCACCAAGUCUGCGAAGAAGCGUUGCCGAUCCUAUAUGGAAGCAUUUGCUUUGCUUUCAGGGGUUCUGAAGUCCUCGAGUUCCAGCGCCUGAUUCCCAGGGCAAUUCCAUACGUUCGCUACGUCUACAUCAUGGACGCAAUCAAUAAGGCAGACCUAAAGUGUAGCAUACUGGCCGCUCACGGCUUCACGAAUCUCGAGAGACUGGAAUGGAAUCCCAUGUUUCUCGUGAUGCUCAACGCAGCUCCGCAUGCAGCAAAUUCAAAGGUUUUUGCGCCCUUAAUCCGCAACUCACGCGCGGCACGACGCCUCUUUGGGCUCGGCGGGCUGGAGGAUAAAUUUCUGGAGACAUUGGCUUGCAUUGGUGAUCCAGCUGGGCAAUGCUCCGCAGAGGUAGUGGCAAAGCUGAAAGAGCUCAUGGACUGA